GACACUGGAGUUGGACUCGGCUCAAUUUAAAGGGGUAGUUCAGUAAUCAUACCUCACAUUACUACACUCUUGAUUAAUAUAUAAAACCAAAUCAGUUUUUAAAAAUAAGGGAAAAUCCUAAUAAAGGAGAAGAAAAACAGAUCUGAAAUCCCGCUUGAUACUCCACCGACUUUAAACUACUGGUUUUUGUUUGAUUUAAGUAUAGUGUUAAUGACUCCUCUCUCCACCUUCCUUUGAUUCUACCUAUCACUUCCCUUGCCGUUGCUCCAUCUUCAUCACUAGUCACUAUACACCAAUCUUAGAUCCGGGAAGCUAAUUUCUCUUCUCCGAUCGGUGAAUGCAGUUACAUUGACCUCGGAUCUAACCAAGCUCUUCUGGUUUCCAGCUCUCUGGAAUUCAAAAAAAUGGAGGAGAAAUCCAAGUCAAGAGGUUGGUGCGGUUGGUUCAUCGCCAUUAUUGUGCUAGCUUCUGUUAUCCUCGCCGUCGUUUACACUGUUAAAUUGAGAACGAAGAAAUCCGGUGACGAUGACGGUGGCGGUCCCGUUCCUGGACCUCCCGGCGCCAUUGAUAAGAAAUACGCCGACGCUCUUAAGCUCGCUUUGCAGUUCUUCGAUAUCCAGAAAUCUGGUAAAUUGGAGAACAAUAAGAUACCUUGGAGAGGAGAUUCAGGUCUUAAAGAUGGAAGUGAAGAUAAUCUGGAUCUUUCCAAAGGCUUAUAUGAUGCUGGAGAUCAUAUAAAGUUUGGUUUUCCAAUGGCUUUCACUGCUACAGUUUUGUCAUGGUCGAUUCUUGAGUAUGGUGAUCAAAUGAAUGCAGUGAACCAAUUGGAUCCUGCUAAAGACUCUCUCCGGUGGAUCACUGACUAUCUUAUCAAAGCUCAUCCUUCUGACAAUGUCCUCUAUAUCCAGGUGGGAGAUCCAAAAGUAGAUCAUCCAUGCUGGGAGAGACCAGAGGAUAUGAAAGAGAAGAGACCACUUACUAAAAUUGAUGUAGAUACUCCAGGGACAGAGGUUGCUGCUGAAACUGCUGCAGCUAUGGCUUCAGCGUCUUUGGUGUUUAAGGAUAGUGAUCCUACAUAUUCAGCAACGCUUCUGAAACAUGCGAAGCAGUUGUUUAAUUUUGCAGAUACAAAGAGAGGCUCUUACAGUGUUAACAUACCUGAGGUUCAGAAGUUUUACAAUUCGACUGGAUAUGGUGAUGAGCUACUAUGGGCAGCUAGUUGGUUGUAUCAUGCAACAGAGGAUAAAACUUACCUUGAUUAUGUGUCUAAUCAUGGAAAAGAAUUUGCUAGUUUUGGAAAUCCUACUUGGUUUAGUUGGGACAACAAGCUUGCAGGAACACAGGUACUAUUAUCAAGAUUACUCUUCUUUAAGAAAGAUUUAUCAGGAAGCAAGGGACUUGGAAAUUACAGGAACACAGCUAAAGCUGUCAUGUGUGGACUUCUACCAAAGUCUCCAACAUCUACAGCUAGUAGAACAAACGGUGGUCUUAUAUGGGUUAGUGAAUGGAACUCGAUGCAACAAUCCGUUUCGUCAGCGUUUUUAGCCUCGCUUUUCAGUGAUUACAUGCUCACUUCCCGUAUCCAUAAAAUAUCUUGCGACGGGAAAAUCUUCAAAGCAACAGAGCUUAGAGAUUUCGCCAAAUCGCAGGCUGAUUACAUGCUGGGGAAGAAUCCGUUGGGAACGAGCUUCGUGGUGGGUUAUGGAGACAAAUACCCACAAUUUGUGCAUCAUAGAGGAGCUUCGAUCCCGGCAGAUGCAACAACGGGUUGCUUAGAUGGAUUCAAAUGGUUUAACUCGACGAAACCAAACCCAAACAUAGCAUAUGGUGCACUCGUAGGUGGACCUUUCUUCAAUGAGACGUUCACUGACUCACGAGAGAACCCAAUGCAGAACGAGCCAACCACUUACAACAAUGCACUCCUCGUUGGUCUCUUGUCUAGUCUUGUCACUACAUCUUCUACUUUACAGUCGUUGAAGUGAGCUUUGCGUGUUUUAGCCUUCUUAUUGAAAAUCACAUUGCUUCAUUUUUAUUUGUAAUUUUUUAAAAAAAAUCGUGGGUGUGUGUGUAUUCACGUUGUGUAUUGCUUGAUAUGUUGAUGCGUGUAACCAAACAAUUAGUUGCUCUACGAAUCCAAAAUUGAGG